ACAAAAGGCAUUGCCUCUCAUAAUUAAUGUCCAAGAUUAUCCGUAUCAUCAUGCGACGCGACACGCGUUACAUACAUAUGCCCAAAAUUAACAUAUCUUAGAAUCCAGUCAUCGCAAGGUAAAAUACGCACGGUGAAAACUUAAUUAAUGACCUUAACUCAUUACGGAUGCAAUUAAAAUCACGCAUUUAUGCACAAUCUCAUUAUUCUCAAUACUCAUACUCUUAUAUUUGAUUCCCACCAUUAACGUUAAGAUUUUAUUUAUUCCUUAUUUCUGCAUUGUUUCCGUAGUAGAUUACGGCGUGUGAAUUGUUUUAUUGUCUUAAGGUAGAGUCUCACUACUUGGUAAUGAAUCGGUUAAUUAUAUAUAUUAAAAAAACGUGAUCCUAGGAAGGUAAUAAAAGAUGGUGAUAAAAACUCCAGUGCCACAGUUUUCUCCACACCUGGACCUGGAUAAAGUGUUCAUAAAUCAUUUAAUUUAAUGAAUUUAACCAGUUUCGUAUUUGCGGGGUUGCCCGUGAUAAUUCAGCAAUAUGCGGAUUUUUACAAACAACGUGAUUUGGGCGACACUUUAAGAAAACUUGAACCGGACUUUGGCUUACCGCAAAUUGAGGAAUAUGAUUUUAUCGUGGUUGGUGGCGGAACGGCGGGAAGUAUAGUGGCGGGAAGGUUAUCGGAUAAUUUCAACGUGCUUUUACUCGAACUUGGGGGUGAUCCGCCUCCCCCAGUUUAUCCGGCUUACAUCGCCUCCAUCAACUCAUACCAUAUAAGAACGCACCCCUCAAUAAAUGAGGUCUACAGGUCAAUACCUCAAUCGACUUCGGCGUUGGAUGAUCACGGGAUUGCAACAGUUCACGCCGGUCGAAUGCUGGGUGGAUCGGGUUCCCAUAAUUCCAACGUUUUCAACCGAGGCUCUCCCUUAGAUUUUGAUUAUUGGGCGAAACUUCUGGAGGACGAGACUUGGGAUUAUAAACACAUGUUGAAACACUUCACAGACACGGAGGACUUUGUGGGGCGACUGGUCAAUGAGAAGGAUCGGAAUGACUACUACGGGCACCACGGACCCUUAGGGGUGACUGUGGACACUCCUGAUUUCUUAUCGAAGUGGAACAUGGCAGCGCUGGAAGUUGGUUCGAACAACAGUGAUCCCAAUGCUUAUCAAAGGCCGGCCUUUACUGCCCAAUCUGUUUCCAUUCGGAAUGGGCUACGAGAAAGCGCGUACGAGGCCUUUGUCAAAAGGAAGCUUCAAUCGCAACCCACCAUUCACAGAUAUUCACUAGCAGACAGGAUUCUAAUUAAUGACGCCAACCAAGCAUACGGAGUUGCCUACACUCGUCACGGAAUUCCACAAAUUGCUCAUGCUAAGAAGGAAGUAAUCAUUUCAGCGGGCGCGUUUGGAUCUCCAAUUCUUCUAACUAAAUCCGGCAUUGGACCACGCGAUGUUCUUCAGGCUGCUAAAAUCCCCGUCGUCAAAAACCUUCCCGGCGUCGGAAAAAAUCUCUGGGAUCACGUCAUGCUCAUCCUAACCUUCCGUCGAAACGAGGCUUCCUACCACGACCCAGAUUUCGAAGAAGCACUUCUCAAAUUCCGAAACAAACCACUCCGCUCAGGUUACCUCGCCCAGCAACGGAGAACGCAAGCAUUCGGGGUUUCCUCGCGUGCAAAAUCCGACGGCGAAGGGGAUUGGGGGGACGUCCAAAUACAAAUGAUUGACCUCCCUUUCGUCGAAGAAAACCCGGGCGGGGCAAUUUGGGAGGUGAAUUUAUCCCGGCCGAAAAGCGUGGGCGAAUUUAUCUUCAACACGACCGCUUAUCUUGCGGGGGAAACUGCGAAUGGGGCGUUGGGCAACAGCAACUUUAAGUAUUUCAGUGAUCCCACCGACAUGGACGUGGUUAUCGAGGGGGUCAACCUCGCCAUCGAGAUUAUGGAGGGGACACAAGCUUUUAAAUCGGGUAAUUACAAACUGGACGAAUCCUUUAUUCCAAAAGCUUGUCAGAGUUUGGAGAGAAGAUCGCCGGAAAUGUGGAAAUGCGUGUUAAAGAGGUUGGGAACGACGCAGUGGCAUUGGGCUGGAACGUGUAAGAUGGGCCGGAAGAGUGACCCGAUGGGGGUGGUUGAUUCGAAAAUGAGGGUGUUUGGGAUUGAAAAGUUGCGAGUCGUGGACGCGAGUGUGAUGCCUAAAGUGACAAAUGCCAACACGAACUCGCCCACCAUGGCGAUUGCGCAGAAAGCCGUGUUCGAAAUUAUGAAGCAAUAUGCACCACACCUACAAUAAAGUAGAAUAUGUAGCUCAAUUAGAGUUAAUUUUAGCGAAAAAUUUGCAAAUAUUUAACACAAAUUGAGUUCAUUUUUGUGUCAACGAAAUAAAUGAUUAAUUGUUAUGCAAUUUAAUUUCUAUGAUAUAUAUAAAUGAUUUGCGUAAUGCGACAUUGUUAUGCAUUGCAUAUAAUAAUGGGGUGUCUUAUUAUUACAAUAAACAUAUGCUUAUUAUCACAA